AUGACACCGCUCACGCGUGCGUGUCUCGUGGGCGACGUGGACGCUGUGCGGCAGGAGCUGGGAGAGCCGGCGACGGCGUCACGCGAGCUUCGUCGACGGAAUCUGGACGGACGGACGGCGGCAUUUGCGGCUGUUCUGGGAGGACAUGGUCACGUGAUCAAGGUGCUGCUGGAGGAGUAUCGGCUGGCAAGAGAGACGGCUGCGCUGAGCGAUCGCUUUGGUCUCUCGCUCAUCCAUAUGGCCGCAUACGUCCGCUCGCCCUCGCUCAUCUCGCUCCUUAUCGAGGCUGAUAUCAUGCCGCUUCGCCCGGACAAGGCCCACAGAUCGCCGCUGCAUCUCGCCCUCACUCCGGCCGCUGCAGCACGUGUGUCUGUUGCGGCCUCGUCGUCUGCUGCAUCUGCUGUGGCGCCGCUUGCUGGGGACACGCCGCAAGGCCCCGGCGACUCGCGGCUGGCCUGGCUGCAUCUGUUGCUCGACACCGACGGCAUCGAUGUCAACGGCAAGGACGCCAAUGGUGUGACGCCGUUAAUGAUGGCUGUCCUGCUCGACGACGUCGACAUUGUCAAGGUCCUCCUCGCUGCCAGCGGAGACAUCGAGCUCUGCGACGCCCGCGGCCGCAACAUCUUCCACUACGCCGCCUACGGCGGUUUUCGGGUCUACUCCUUCUUGACUGCAGUAGCCACGCCUGCGCAGGUCGACCGGAUGUUGGCUGCGCCUGAUGCAUGUGGCGCGCUCCCGAUCUCGGCCGCCAUCGCCGCUCUCCACCUUGACGUUGUCGUCGACCUUGUCGAUGUCCGCGGCUUUCGAGUCGACACCCUGGAUGCUCGCGGCCGCUCGCUGCUCUACACCGCGGCGGCGGCGGCAUCGGGCCCAGCCGCCCGCAAGCUUGUUGACCGCGAGUCGGAACUUGUCAUCCGCGCGCUCGCCGCGCGCGGCGGGCUCCUGCCACACUCGCCGCCCGUCCCGCACCCGGUCCAGAUUGCGCUUGCCAACGGCGACGUGGCCACCGCCCAAGUCCUCGCCUCAGAGCUCCGCGAUGCCGGGCACCCGGUCGAUGUAGUUGACGCCGCCGGCCGGUCGCUCGUCCACUACGCGGCGCUCCGCGGCCACGUGCCGGCGGUACUCGAGGCGCUGGCCCUACUCGACGCGCCUGACGCGCCCGAUGCCGCACCGGUCAACCGCGCCGACACCACAGGCAUCACCGCAGCUCACAUGGCCGCCGGCGCCGGAAACAUCCCGCUCCUGCAGGCGGUGGUGGCGCAGGGCGCGAACCUAGCCGGCCUAGCCGCGUCGGGCCUCUCGCCGCUACAUGUUGCCGCGCUCUCGGGUCACUCCAAGGUUGUGGCCUUUCUCCUCGACGCCGGCGUCCGCGCCGAGGCCCGCGCAUCGCGGAGCGCGCACCUGGUCACCGCACUGCACCUUGCCGCGCUUGGUGGCGCACGCGACGUCAUUACCGCCAUCCUUGACGCCGACAAAAGCGCAUCUUCGUCGCUGCUGGCCCUGCCCGACGCUCUCGGCCGCCUUCCGCUGCACUGGGCGGCGCUCGGCGGCUCGCUGCCCUGCUUUGACGCCCUCGUUCGCCACGCCGACCAACUCGACGCCCGCGACGCGCUCGGCAUGACCCCGCUCGCACUCGCCGUCCAGUGUGGACACGAGGAAAUGGCCGAGCAGCUGCUGAGCAGGAGCGUGAAGCUCACCACCAUCGACGUCUACGGACGGAGCCCGCUUCACUACGCCGCCCGCAACUGCCACCGCGACAUGAUCCGUGCCCUCGUCUCUGACGACGACAUGGUGCCGGCGCUGAUGGUGCCCGACUCGUUGGGCUGGACCCCGCUGUUCGAGGCCGUCCUCGCCGCCGACGAGCGUGCCGUCCGCAUCCUCCUCCGCGCCCUGGAUGACGGCGCCGCCUCGGACGCACCGGCUGCACUCUUUGCGCCCGACGCCACCGGCGCCUCAGUCGUCCACAUUGCGGCUUUUGCCGGCAAACCGGGCGUUCUCGAGCUGCUCAUGGACGAGGUUGAUCCCGAAAGCGCACCGUACAACGCCGCCGACGCCCACGGUUGCACUCCGCUGCACUACAGCGUCCUCGGAGCCGCCCGCCGGGCCAUCGCCGUCACCCCGGGUGAUCUGCACCCGCGCCUCGCGGUCGGCCGCUGCGGCGGCGACGACUCAGACUCGGACACAGACUCAGAGCCGUCGUUCGACUCGGGCAACGGCGGCGGCUCGUCCGAUGACGAGGCAGACGCCCUCGCCGCCCUCGCCCUGGCUGUCGAGGACUCGGUCCUCCGUGUCCUUGACGAUGCCGGCGCCAACCUCGACGCCGCCGACGCGCUCGGCCGCACCUCGCUCCACUACGCCGCCCUCCUCUCCGAGCCGACCUCCAUCGCCAUCCUCUGCGACCUUGGGGCAACGACCACUCUGCCGGACGCCCGCGGUCUCCCGCCGCUCGGCGCCGCCGUCGUCGCCGGCCACCCGCGCGCCGUCGAGGCUCUACUUGCCGGUGGAGCUCCGGCGCUCACCCGCAACACCGCCCUCGAGACGCCGCUGCACCUCGCCGCUGGCAAGAGCGACGCCACACUGCUCGACAUGCUCCUCCGCGAGUUGCUUGACGACGACGACGACGACGACGAUGAUGAUGAUGAUGAUGAUGUUGAUGACGGCGACGACGAUGACGCCAACACUACUCUUUUUGAGGAUGCCCAGAUGUCGUUUGACGCCGCACCGGGCUCGCUUGGCGCGCUGGUUGUCGGCCAGUCGGCGGUCGAUGUUGAAGACGUGUGGGGCCAGACCGCGCUCCACGUCGCGGCCGCCGUUGGCUCACUCGAGUGCGCCGAACUGCUGCUCCGCGCUGGCGCUUCGCCAGACGCGCUGGACGCGGUCGGGCGGAGCCCGCUCCACACCGCCCUCCUCUACACUCGUGGUAACGAGGCCGAGGUCGAGCCGAAGCUCGCGCUCGUCGAGGCUCUUGGCUCGGCCGAGCGUGCGGUUGCUGCCGACGCCGCGGGUUCGACGCCCAUCCACGCCGCCGCCGCGGCCGGAGACACGGCCGUCCUCUCUGCGCUGGCGGCUCUCGUGCCGGAUGCCUCAGUCGUGGCGUGGCUCACCGAUGCAAGCGAGCUCUCUCCGCUCGGCGUCGCCGUCCUCUACGGGCACACCGACGCCGCGUUGCAGCUGCUGCGUCUCGGUGGGCAGCCAGUCCACGCGGUGUACUCGACCGGACUCUCGGUCCUCGCCAUUGCCGCCAUCCGCAAUGUACCGGCAGUCGUCGACGCCAUCCUCGACGCGAUUGCUCUCGAGAGCGGUGAUGCGCUCAGCCUCGUCCUCCAGGUGCCGCUUCACGCCGAUCACACCGCGCUCGAGCUCGCGGCUCGGCAUAGCGCGUUUGGCGUCGUCGACACCCUUGUCCACCGCGCAGUCGCCGCGUCCGUCAAGGACCACCCACCGCUCCGCCUCGUCGCCGACUCGCUCGCGCCCGCCGACCUCGUCCAUCUCCUGGUCUCACUCGGCUCACCGCACGCCGUCGUGGCCAGCGUCAAGCGCUGGGCUGGCCUCGAUGACACGGACGGGCCAGCAGAGGCCGUCUCGCUUGGCAAGACCAUUGCUCCUUGUCCAGCGACUAGCUCGUCGACAGCCUGGUUCUGGUGGCUCGGUGCGGCUGUGGCGGUCACCAGUCUCGCCGGCAUCAGCUACUGGCUUAUGGCGCGCACCGCUGGCGAGCAGCGGCCGUUGUAA